AUGAAGAUGUUUGCCUUUACGGUGGUCGUCAUCUUUGUCUUCCAGCAGGUGCCAGGCUGUCUCUCGUCCUGCUACAUAUUUGGCUCUGUAGCCGACUGCUCUUUCAAGAACCUGUACUGGAUUCCUUCCCUACCUCCCAACAUCACCCACCUGUACGUGGAGGCGAACCGAAUCCGUGAGAUUAACGCCUCCUCUUUAUCAGGCCUGGAGAUGCUGCAAGAACUGGAUUUGGGUCAUCAACAUUCAACUUUAGUGAUCCAAAACAAUGCAUUCAGCAGACUAAGACACCUCAGGAAGUUGGUGCUGGGCUUCAACAAGCUUCAACUGGAGCCACAUGCUUUUUCGGGAUUGUCCAGUUUGGAGAAUCUCCAACUAGAUUAUUGUUAUCUUCAAGACUCCAUCCUAACGGCAGACUAUCUGAAGCCUCUUUCUUCUUUAAAGACUCUUAACCUGUUUGGUAACCGGAUAGAGACACUCCAGCUUUCCAUAUUCUUUUCCAAUUUGACUAAUGUGAAACAUUUGAAUCUAAAACUGAAUAGAAUCAACAAAAUAUGUGACCCUGAUUUUGCUGCCUUCCAGGGUAAACAAUUUGAAUUUUUAAGUUUAGACUCCAACAAAUUGUAUAAUCAAAGCUCUGAUCAGCGCACUUGUGGGAAACCGUUCAGAGGAAUAUCUUUUGGAACACUUGACUUGUCCAAUAAUGGGUUUAGCAGAGACAACUUAAAGCAAUUUUUUAAAGCUAUAGCAGGUACAAAGAUCUCUCAUCUUAAACUAUCAGGACACAUAGGUAAAGGCUUUUCAUUUAGCAAUUUCCAAGAUGUGGACAGAAGCACAUUUGAGGGCCUCAGUAACAGCUCUAUCAGUACAUUAGAUCUGUCUAAAAACAUGUUAUUUGCCUUACGUCAGGGAACUUUUAAUACACUUACAGAAGCUAAAGUCAUUGACCUUUCUCAAAACCAAAUCAACCAAAUUCACAAAAAUGCCUUUGAUGGUCAGGAAAAUUUAAAGAUGCUCAAUCUGUCCCGUAAUUUGCUCGGAGAUAUCCGUGCUCACAGUUUCGCUCCUCUAAAGAACUUGAAAGUUUUGGACCUUUCUUAUAAUCACAUCGGUAUUUUGGGCUAUAUGGCAUUUAGUGGACUUCUCAGUCUAGAAGUUUUACAUCUGUCAGGAAACUCUCUCAGGGAGUUUGGAUUCCCCAGCACUGUGCCCAAGUUAACUUAUCUCAAUUUGUACGACAAUAAAUUGACCUUCGCAGCAGUGGAUAGCAUUACAGCAUUCGCCCCAAAUGUCACGUAUUUGAACAUUCAAACCAACAGAUUUGAAAACCUGCAGGGUGCGCACACCUUUAUAACUAAACUGAAGAAACUCCAGCAUCUUUUCUUUGGAGAGAAUCCCAUCAGGUGGUGCACAGUGAAUGACCACGCUUCUAAAACGAAACAGAGUGGUAUUGAAGUGUUAGAUUUUCACAGCAUCAACCUGCAGUCGAUUUGGUCUCAAGGCAAAUGCCUCAAUCUGUUUGAAGGGCUCCAUCGUUUGGUCAGUCUGAGAUUAAGUUUUAACAAUUUACGUUCCCUCCCUGAAGGCAUCUUUAAGGAUCUCACGUCACUUCUCGGGAUGGACCUCUCAUCCAACACUCUAACAUAUCUCCAACGUGAUGCCUUUCCCCAAAGCCUCAAAAUGCUAAACCUCGCUAACAACUUCAUAGUGUCACCUGACCCAGCUCCCUUUCGCACGCUUGACAUCCUUGAUUUCAAUAAUAACCGAUUCCACUGUAACUCAGACCUGAAAAACUUCUUGAUGUGGAUUAAGGAAACAAAUGUAACAUUUUUGAGUCCUGUUGAGGAGUUCAGAUGUGAAUUUCCCUUUUCUCUGUAUAAUGUUCCUCUGUUAAAUUACUCCACUCAGCUUCUUGGUACUGGAAGCACUUAA